UGCAGCUGUUAAACUCAAAUCCCUCCAUUUGUAGUGGCAUUGUCGCAGCGAAGAAGCAUUAUUUAACAUCGUGGACCAUUUUCUGGAUUAUUUUAUUACUGUUUGUUACUGCGUGAACAUCUCUGGGGGAUUCGCACAGAAUGUUGAUGUGAAAUUUACUUACUUUGUCGGAUAUAGCAAUUUCAAUGGGCUUUAUCCUCAAAAUUGAAUCCUAGCUUAAGCCGUAAAGUGAAGUCUACGUGAGUGCGAGGGAGAGCCAAACUGAUUUAGAGGAUCGGAUCAGCUCCCAGUGCCAGAGUGAGACACGAAACACAAAAGUCAACGGUGACGCUAACAAAGUGUACAGCGAAUAGGCGAAAAAAGGCUUAACCCCAACCUCAGAAGGCUGGGCUGCGCAACAAUAGUCUACAACAGACAAAAGUGAAAAUAUGGCGACUUUCCGGAUUCACGAAGAUUUGGAAAAGGAAAAUCGCGUUCUAGCGGGCAAGGCUGUAGCUGCUGGCGGAGGCCUCAAACAGCAGAUUCAACCGAUGCAGCGAUCAACAUUCGGAGUCUUAAACAAUCUGACCACCAAUGGGAGACCCGAACUGCACACCGUUGGGGAGAAAGCGAUCGUUAAGGAUCCCAAGCUGAAAAUCAAACCAUCGGUCACGACAAAAGGUAAGCAGGAUGAAAAGGCCUGCAUACCCGUAAAUCAUGCUAAAGCAGUAGCAAAAGCUGCCGAACCAUUCAAAGUCUUCCAAGUGUAUGACGAUUCCAAAGAGAAUCAAACCAUCGCCGGAAAAACCGAUGCGGUGGAAGCAAAACGUGAACCAUUCCAUGAGCUGAAGAAUGUUGAGCUGCUCGAGACGCCGAUGUCGGUCGGCGAAAGUCUAUCGCCAAUGUCAGUGGACAAGUCGGUCCUUAUCGCAGAAAAUACCACCCUGACUCCACGGAACGAUCGUGAGCGCUUCUUCGAGGUAGAAGAGUACCAAACGGACAUCUUGACCUACCUGAAGGAGGCAGAAAAGCGCCACCGCCCGAAACCGGGCUACAUGAAGAAGCAACCGGACAUCAAUCACUCAAUGCGCACCAUUCUGGUCGAUUGGUUAGUGGAGGUUUGCGAAGAAUACCGUCUGCAAAGCGAAACCCUUUGCCUGGCCAUCGCAUAUAUCGAUCGGUUUCUCAGUUUCAUGUCGGUAGUGCGCGCCAAAUUGCAGCUUGUGGGGACAGCUGCAAUGUUUAUUGCUGCCAAAUACGAAGAAAUCUAUCCACCAGAUGUGGGAGAGUUUGUAUACAUUACCGAUGAUACCUACACUAAAUCGCAGGUUCUCCGUAUGGAACAGCUAAUUCUGAAGGUGCUCGGAUUCGAUCUGUCCGUACCAACUCCGUUGGUAUUCACCACGCUCUAUUGCGUAAUGAAUGAUGUGCCCGACACGGUGAAAUACAUGUCCAUGUAUCUUGGCGAACUCUCGCUCCUGGAUGCUGAUCCGUACCUCACCUACCUGCCAUCUAAAAUCGCGGCAGGCGCUUUGGCUCUCUCUCGUUACGUACUCGAUUUGCCCAUUUGGUCGCGGAUGCUAGAAACCAACACCGGCUACCGAUUGGAAGACCUCAAGGACAUCAUUUUAAAUCUAAACAAGACUCACCUGAAGGCGGCAUCGUUGGGACAGCAGGCUAUCCAGGAAAAAUUCAAAGGCAAUAAAUAUGCGCAAGUAGCUACUAUCGUACCGGUCGAGUUAACAGAGGAAACGUUUGACAAAAUGUGCAAGUCACUUGCUGCAAUAGUGGCCGCCACUACAGAGACGGAAGACAGCGCAGCAACCACAUCGUCAGUUGCUCCUCUGAAUCCCAACGAUUCGAUGAGGGAAAUGAUGUCGUCCUUAUUGUUUGUCUAACUGAGACAUCAGAUCUGAUCCUGUACCUUAUCCCCAAUCCUUGUUCCUCACCCCCAGUAUGUCCUGUAAUGUAUGUCUCUGUUUUAUAGGUUUUUAUUUGAAUAAUUUUAUUCGCGAUUGUAGUCUUAUUUUGUUUGUGCACCCGUCGCAACUAUAAGGUAUCCUGUAUGAUUCACCAUAGCUUUAGGGUAUUUCUGCUGAGACUAUUUUUUCAAUAAUAUGACGAAAUCGAAUCGAAAAACAAAUUUGCAAGGCCAAAUAGCAGUAAUAGUUGAUGUAAUUGAUUAAAUAACAAUGAAAAAGACAUUUUCUACGAAACUGUUAACUACUACUUAAGUCAGUUAUUUUAAGUAACACGUUGUCUGAAUUCUCCCUACAUUGGAAAGAAAACGGUUUCAGUCACAGAGAUAUACAAACUGACCACGGUCAAGGGGGGUGGCGAAAAUGUCAAUGUCGCCCUUCGGAUAAAACAGCCUUAUCGUUCUGAACAAACUAGAACUAAAAGACUAAUCUCGCUACGGCUAUCGUAAGUUCUUCGAAGUACGCUUAAACUACUUAGAGGUAGAAAAAGAGAGAGUGCGUGAAAGUGAUGAAAACGGCACGAGAUGAUUUUUAAUUGUAGGAUAAAUUAUAAGCACUAGGGCAAUUUAUGUUUUUAACACUCGAGUCUUUUUAUUGCUACAACCAUAUAACGAACGAAACUGCUGAUGGAAAUAAAGUAAAACGUUUUUCGUGA